AUGAAUGACGACCUAAUUCCACCACCAUGGUCUCCUUCACCACUUCUAGGACGAUCUAUGCCCUCUUCUCCCCAUGCAGAUCGCUCGGAUACUGUCCCCCCUCUCGAGAACGAGCAUAUGGCCAGUAGUCCACCCCCAGCGUACAGCAAUUCGUUGAGACUUGCAACCCUUUGUCAACGGAAAAAAGAGUUCAAGUCUGCCUUUGAGAAAGUCCAUCGCGGUCAGCGGAGAUGGGAGGUGGUCUGGUUGGUACUGGACGGGACUUUGCUUCGCGUCUACGCCCCGACAAAGGAAGAACGCAAGUCAUUGGAGGAGCGAUACACCUUGAUCAAACUCACCCAGACUGCCCGCCCGAGCUCGCCGCGGGGCACGAUCGAGAACCCUCCACCGCGACCUGCCCAGCCCACGAGCCAUCUCUCACCACUACACCGGGCACAUACAGUGCACGACCCUUCUCCACUCGGGAGACCGAUGCUGAUUGCUAGUUCCACGAGGGAUAAUCAAGAGGGUACUGGCAAUGGCAGCUCGAGUCUCCAAACCCAUAGGAGAACGACGUCAAUAGUCAAGGUCGCAGACGAUCUCCAACUCGCACCUAUCACCCAACGAUCGCAGAUGGGCAGCAUUGCCAACCACUCGGCUCCUCUUCUGGUUCACGCUACUCGACCCAUCUUUCCCAUCGUGCCAACACCAGACUUUAGCAAACGCACCGCAUGCCGACAAUAUGGGACGCGCAACGCAACCUGCUCUCGCCCAGAAGGCUAUAUCAAGCGCGAACACGUCCUUCGGUUCACGCUAAACGACGGCAAGCAGUUCCUCGUCCAACUCAACUCCAAGUCGGAGAUGAUUUCAUGGCUUCAGUGCAUGUCCGUCGCUGCGCCCCUCGCGCUCGAUAUAGACGAGCGGCCAAUGCCAGAGCCUGCACAUUAUCCACGCACGAGAAGACGGGCGCUAGAGUUGACGGGCGCGAUUCCACGCCGACCUCGUACGGCACCAGCAGCGCUCGGAAGUGCAUCCCGUCCAGCUGCAGCUCCUGCAUACGACGGCACUUCAGAGACGCAAGAUGAUAACGACCAUGAAAUAGAAGAGGAUAUCGAUGAAGCUUUGGAUCAUCUCCCCUCCCCUCCCCCUCGUCGUCCUCCAGCGGUUCGGUCCUUGUCUUCUGUUGAACAUGCUCGCAGGAUGGGCAUCCAGUUGUAA